AUGGUAGAAGAAUCACCACUGCUAAUCGAGGACACUAUGAUGAUAGAUGGCCUUAAAAUAGGCUUUUGCAGAUACGGAAGUGGUCCAAAGAUAGUGUUGUGCAUUUGUGGAGCUGUCGUUUCUGUCCUUAAGCACUUCGAUCCGGACUUGGUCACAAUAAUUUGCAUCGAUCCUCCCGGUUAUGGUACUUCACGACCUCCCGAUCGUAUUCAAGAAGUCAAUCGAUGUAAGAAAGAUGCUGCAUUCUGUCUGAAGUUAAUGGAGGUCGUA